GCAGGCCGGCGGCUGGCGGCCCUGCUGCUGGCGGCGCUGGCGUGGGUGCCCGGCGCGGCGCCCGCCUGCCCCGCGCUCUGCACGUGCUACGUCUCGCCGCCCACCGUGAGCUGCCAGGCCAGCAACCUGUCGGCGGUGCCCGCGGGGCUGCCGCCCGGCGCCCGCCGCCUCUUCCUGCAGAACAACGUCAUCGCGGCGCUGCGGGCCGGCGCCUUCGGGCCCAGCACCGUCACCCUCUGGCUCUACUCCAACAACAUCUCCUCCAUCCAGCCGGGCACCUUCCGCCACCUGCCCGCCCUCGAGGAGCUCGACCUGGGCGACAACCCGCACCUGCGGGCCCUGGCGCCCGACACCUUCCACGGCCUGCGGCGCCUGCAGGCCCUGCACCUCUACCGGUGCCGCCUGGCCAGCCUGCCCAGCGCCAUCUUCCGCGGCCUCCACAGCCUCCAGUACCUCUACCUGCAGGAGAACGGGCUGCUCUACCUCCAGGACGACCUCUUUGCCGACCUGGCCAACCUGAGCCACCUCUUCCUGCACGGCAACCGGGUGCGGGCGCUGUCCGAGGGCGUCUUCCGCGGGCUGGCGAGCCUGGACCGCCUGCUGCUGCACGCCAACCGGCUGGCGGCCGUGCACCGGCGCGCCUUCCGCGGCCUCGCGCGCCUCACCAUCCUCUACCUGUUCAACAACAGCCUGGCGGCGCUGCCGGGGGACCCGCUGGCCGCGCUGCCCGCGCUGCAGUUCCUGCGCCUCAACGCCAACCCCUGGGCGUGCGACUGCCGCGCGCGCCCGCUCUGGGCCUGGUUCCGCCGCACGCGCGUCUCCAGCUCGCCCGUGCUCUGCGCCAGCCCGCCGCAGCGCCGCGCCCGGCCCCCCGGCCUGAAUGAAAGGGGCACCUGUUGCUGCGGGUAA